CCUCUCCUCAUGUGUUUGCCCCCAGGGCCUGUUGCCGGUUUUAACUGGGCAGCCAGUGCCCAAGGACAGAAUGGACGAGGCCGUACAGGAUCUGCAAACAGCCAUCCAGAUCUUUGAGGACACCUUCCUGCAGGACAGACCGUACAUCGCAGGACAGGAAAUAUCCCUGGCUGACCUGGUCGCUCUCGUCGAACUGAUGCAGCCUGUGGGAACAGGCCUCGACCCCCUGGAAGGUCGCCCCAAGCUGAUGGAAUGGCGUGAGCGAGUCAAGCGUGACGUGGGCAAGGAGCUGUUCGAUGAGGCCCACGAGAAGCUGAUGAAGUGUAUGGAUUUAAUAAAUGCCCUGGACCGUAACGCUCCUGCAAUACAGCAGUUCCUGAAUCAAGUGCAGAAGAAAUUCAAAUGAAGGAGUUGGUGAGUCGAAAAGUCGACCAAGCUAACUGCGGGUUGGCUAAUACCCUCCAGUAUCACCUACAAUCAAAUAAACUGCCCGAAACAAUGAGAAA